AUGCUCCUCAGAGAGCUGCAGGGAGACCCUCCCCAUGCCACCAGCGACUUGGAAGACGCCCAAGAAUCACAGUCACGCCCUUCCUCGCAUAUACUCGAGCUGGAAGGUCAAGGAUCUGGGUCCACAACGAGGGGAUCACUAAGCAGACGCAGUCCGACUCAUAUCCUCGACGAUGGCUCGGAUGACGACGACGGUGGCAACCCGCCGCAAUCACUGAUCUUUGGCGAUCAGGGUGUUCAACGGGCUCGGGAUCACAGGGACUUGUCAAGGGCCACAGAAGUGACGGAUACGAGGAAAGGGGGGCCUAUGCCGCUAUCUGAGGCCUACUCUGAUAGUCGAGAUCACCCACUACCUUCAUCGUCUUCUAAACAACACCUGGCAAGACCGAGAAGCACAGGGCCUUUUGUAGAGGCUUCCGGCAGCUCCAGGAGUACCAGCAUCGGAGAAGGCGCUGAGCCAUUGUCUAUCUGUGCAUCUGGGUCGGAUGUAAAAGCAUCAUCUAUGGGGGUGCCGCAUAUAGGACUCCCAGCUUCAGGACGGGAGACCCAACGGCCCCUCUUCCGAGAAGUUACCCUCCCCCAGCCAUCGUCGCCUCAACGCCCUUCAUGGCCAGGAUCUCCAUCACAGAGAGUCAAUGGUUAUCUUGACCCUAAUAUCCCUCCUCCAUUGACAUCGAAAAGUAAAGGGAAGGGGAAAGAGAGGGUCAGGAACAAGGGCGGUCGAAGAUACCACUCAGUCGGCACAGAAGAUCUGGAGGAUGGGAAUAGAAGAAAGACCCCCAAGAGCGGCUUGGAUGAGUACGAGAAGGCGCUCUGGAAGUGGGUCAACGUUGAUGACUUGGACGGCUUCUUGCAAGAGGUGUACGAGUACUACAAAGGCAAGGGAAUAUACUGCAUUGCCUUGUCAAGAGUGCUCAAUCUCUUGACGACAUUCUUUGUUAUUGCCUUCUCUACUUUUUUGAUUUCUUGCAUCGACUACUCCAAGCUUGCGUCCGGUGAUGACACGGUCAAUCGACUUGACGACGUCCUUGUGGGACAGUGUCUAAGGAGGGGGUCUUUCACCCAUAUGUUGUUCAUCGUCAUACUCUCAGCAUUCUUCAUCUUCCAGGCUGUCAGCUUUGCCCUAUCCCUGCCCCGCUUACUAGAGAUGUAUCGCUUUUACACGCAUCUCCUUCGUAUACCAGACGCCGACAUACAGACUUUACCAUGGCCUGAGAUCGUGCGACUCGUGGGUGAGAUCAGGAAACACAACCCGAUCACAUCUAUAUCCAACGGGCAAGCAUCUGCACUCGCAGACAUGAUAGGCGACAACACUACGGGAGCUGUCAAAAAGCUUGAUGCGCAUGAUGUUGCCAAUCGCAUUCUUCGACAAGAGAAUUACCUCAUAGCCCUGUUCAACAAGGAUCUUUUGGAUCUCAAAGUCCGGAUACCUUAUCUCAGCUUUGGCGCCAAUCAUUUGACGAAAGCGCUAGAGUGGAACCUCAGGUUCUGUCUACUAGGAUAUCUGUUUGACUGGCGAGGUCAAGUUCGGAAAGAUUUUGUGAGGGAAAAGAGACGACAGGAUCUUGUACAAGGGUUGAGACGAAGACUUGUGUUUAUGGGGAUACUGAAUGGGCUUUUUGCUCCUUUCAUCAUCGUCUAUCUAUUGAUGUAUUCCUUCUUCCGCUACUUUGAGGAAUACCACAAGAACCCAUCUUCCAUUGGCAGUCGCCAAUACACCCCUUAUGCUCAGUGGAAAUUCAGAGAAUUCAACGAACUGCCCCAUCUGUUUGAAAGACGCCUGGACCGAAGCUAUGUCACUGCCAAGGAAUAUGUCGAUCAAUUUCCCAAGGAGAAGACCGCUCUUGUGAUGAGGUUUGUGGCUUUCGUCGCGGGCUCCUUCGCGGCUGUCCUUCUUGCUGCGACCCUGCUGAACCCCGACCUGUUCUUGCACUUUGAAAUCACUCCGCGUCGCACCGUACUAUUCUUCCUCGGUGUUUUCGGUUCAGUGCUGGCCGUUGCCAGGUCAAUGGUCCCGGAAGAGAAUAUGGUCUUUGACCCCGAGGCGAGCUUGAAGGAGGUCGUCAAGUGGACCCACUACUUGCCGGAAGAGUGGAGAGGACGGUUGCACAGCGAAAAGGCGAAAUUCGGCAAACUAUUUGCUCUCAAAAUCACGAUAUUCUUUGACGAACUUCUCUCGGUCAUCCUCACCCCCUUCAUCCUAUUCUUCUCUUUACCGCCAUGUGCUUCCGAGAUUAUCGACUUUUUCCGCGAAUUCACUGUCCACGUAGACGGCGUGGGCUACGUCUGCUCCUUUGCUGUGUUUGAUUUCUCACGGCAAGGGAACGUCGAUCUGGAAGCAGAAGACCUGCACAGGCCAGAAAGGGGAGCCGAUCGAAUGGGGCAUCAAGCGCAAAACACCAUACCUUCCGCUCCAUUGUCUCCAAGGCUUAGCAACAGGGGACUGGGGAACAGAACCCGCGACCGCAGUAGCAAUGAAAUUAAGAUGGAAAAAUCCUUCCUUCAUUUCAGGGCUACCCAUCCCGACUGGCAGCCUUCAGACCCAAAUUCCUCUGUGUUUCUCGACAAGCUCGCUCAUAUUCGCAACCGUCAUCUCUCGCCGGGAGCUGUAGCACCCAUGGGCGCGGGGCCAGGAGGAUCGUUCUACGCCGGAGGCAGAGGCUUGGGUAUCGAUGGCUCAGUGAUGGGCGAUAUGAAUGAGGCACAACUUAGAGCAAAGAGUCAGGCAUAUGAGCGCGCCUGGACCAGGAGCUCGAACCUCCAUCAACAGACCGUGCUCUCGCCCAGCAAUGUACGAGGGCGAGCGAUCGAGGAGGGGGAUGAGGGAGGUGAUUCAAUCGAAGGCUGGACACAAGGCCAUCAGGCGUUAAAUGGGUCUGUUGAGGCUGAAGAAGGCGCUUCUCCAUGGAGAGAUGAGGGAGUUGUCGGCAUGUUACAGCAGGUUCUGGGAAGAUGA